GUUUUUUUUUUUUUUUUAUAAAAAUCAUGGUGUUUCUUGCAAAAGAACUUGGAAGCGCUCCUUGAAGAAGUAUUUGAAGGGUGCUUCUUUAGAAAGUGCUUAUAUAACCCUAAGAUGCUUCUAACUUUUAAACUGUCAAACGAGUCAUAAGUGUUUUUGGUUGUCAAACAAUCUUAAAACGGGCCCUUAGAAGAUCUGAAAAAUCAUGAACUAAUAAGGGACCCGUGAAAUAUUAAAGCGAAAUGGUAUCACACACCAUUUUUUUCCUCCUACAUACAUGUCCUAUCUUUUUUAUUUUUAGCUGUUGGAUUGAAUAAAUCAAAUGAAAACAAGACACGAUUGAACAUAGAUGUGAGGGAGAGAAAAAAGCCGUGUAGUUAUCAUUUUCUCGAGUUCCAAAUGUUGAAGUUUAUAAAAAUGUGAUUGGUUAGAGGAAAUAAGGGAUUAAUAAGUCCAUUGAUGCCUUGAUUUGAUGCAGCCUCCUCAAAAAAAAACCAAAUUCUAAGCAGUUGACAUUUUUAGUACUUUAACAAGGGAGGAAAUUAGGAAUCUUUGCCUAUCCAUAUGAGGGUGGCAAAUGGCUUUCUCAGAGAAACCUCUGCUGGCCAAAGUGAUUAAAUAUUCAGCAAAAAGAUGACCAUGCCGGAAAAGCACUUUGAGAAAAAGCCAUGCAGACUGUUGACGGUUGUUUUUAUACCAACCAUCCACACAGUCAACUAAUCCUAAUCAUAUUUUAUUUACACAAGUAAGAUCAUCAUACAUACAUACAUACAUACAUACAUACAUACAUAUAUAUAUGUGUGUGUGUGUGUAUGUAUAUAUAUACUCCGCCGUAUGAAGUGUAACACUAUUUUUCCUGUGGUGCUAUAAACUUUUAGUGACAAUUGAAGAUGGGGAAGGCAAGUAGAUGGAUCAUAAAGUUCUUGGUUGGAAAGCAAGAAAAAAAGAUUAACGAUGCUCCGAAAACUAAGGUUUCGAAUGAGUCUUCAUCUACCACUUCUGCCAGGCCGUCGGUGAACCGGCCAGGGACGCCGAAAGUGAAGAGAAGGUGGAGCUUUGGAAAGUUGGCAGGCAAAGAGGCGUCCCACAGGGUUACAAGAUCUGUUGAUUCAAUUGACAUCUCUAAGUUGUCACAGAAAGUUCAGAAGAAUCAUGCCGUGGCACCAAGAGAUGUCGAAAAUGCUGCUGCCACAAGGAUUCAAGCUGCCUUCCGUUCGCAUUUGGCAAGGAAGGCUUUACAUGCCUUGAAGGGUUUGGUGAAGUUGCAAGCACUCAUAAGAGGUCACAUUGUGAGGAAACAAACAACUGCUACGAUAAUCCAGAUGCAGGCGUUGAUGGCGAUCCAGGUUAGAGCGCGGUUUAAGCGAAUUCAGAUGGUGGAAGAGACACAGAGAGCUAAUAAAAAACAGCUGAUCAUUCGAAGAGGCCACCCUCUGGACAGUGGAGUUCAUAGGAAGUCAAUAGAUUUGAACCCGAAUGAUGUUCAACGAGUUGCGAAAAGCACGAGUGGACACCUUAAUCAUUCACAAGCUGCAGGGAGGUUUGAGCAUGGCUGCUCAACAGUCUAUUCAGAUCGUCUUUCCAUCUCAAACCGGCAUCACUACGAGGAAUCCUCUUUUGCAACAGUAAAUAGUCCCUGGAAUUAUCUUGCUGCAUCCAAACCAAAACCAAGAAGACACUCUUUCGCUCAUCAACCCCAAGAUGACACAGACUACGAGGACUUCGCAUUCAAGCCAAAUUACAUGACCAACACGAAAUCUUCCAAGGCGAAAGCUAGGUCACAGAGUGAACCAAAGCAGAGGCCUGAAGGAAGCUUGAAGAACAGAAGCAAGCAAAUAGAAGUGGAUGCAACACUAGUUGCCAUGGAGGAUCAAGUGCUGAAACGUUCAUCUACGCAGUUCAAACCCAACGGUCAGAAAAGCCAUGAUCCCUGGUUUGUUAAGCUCUACAGAUCAAGAAGAUUGUUCGAGGACAACAAGCAUGCUUCCGUUAGCUCGAGUACUGUCCAUUCCUACUAUCAUGAAUCUCUUGCUGCAUAUGAGCCCCAUGUGAAUUUGUACUAACAGAAAGGGAUGCUGAAGAGCUCUUCCAGACUGAUAUAGAGCAUGCAGAGUCCUACACAUCAAUGUAUAUCAAAAUGUAAACGACAUACGUUUUAAGUGGCUCAAGUUCACCCGUUAAAAUCUGAUGGAUUCUUCAGCGCACAUUGAUGUACUCUAGAAUUUUCGUAGCAUGCAUUUGCACUACUCAAAAGAACUUUCCUAUGAAAGAUACCAAUAACUAAUAGUACUGGUUCA